AUGCCCCCAAUCAGACGGUACCUGCGCAUCAGCAAAUACUCUGUGCUGGAAUGCAGGAUAUAUCUUGAGAAUCCUGCCCAUUCACGAUGGUUGCUUGACGCCCGCGACCCAGCUCUACCCCGUGUAUUCAAGAGUAUACAGCCUCUGAUCCUCCCAAAGCUAAGGGAGGAAACUGAGCGAGCACGCGCGAAGAAGAAGUCGAAACCCGUCAAAGACGUCCUUUCGGAGGAGGAUGAUUUCGAGGUUUCCAUCUUCCUCCGUGAUAGCGGCACCAGCCACUCGCUUGUUACAAAACUAAAGUCCUUUAACGAUCGACCAUCCAAGAUCCAGAGUAACUCAAGUAAAUUACCUGGAACGGAUGACUCUCCGAUUCAUAUCGCCGAUGACCCCGUGACGAUACCGACUAUUAUACCUGAGAGUGACGAGGAGUCCCCGAUCAACUUGCAAGAUAUACCGACAGCCACGGCCCCCGUAACUAAUGAGGAAGGCGUCGACAUCCAGUCAUCGACAAGCCGUCGUCGACGAAGGGAGAACCGUACAGAAAAUAGUGCCAAUAUAGAAGCCGGUAGCGUUGACGAGGACACUCAUGCCACGAAGCGAAAAAAGACCUAUAUCGAACCUACUCCGGAACUGCAAGACGACAAGAAACUACACCUUACUACCACCUAUAAAGGGUUCACAAUAUGGGGCAGGAUAUUAUGCCUCCUCGUCACCAGGAAAGGCGACAGAGCGAGAUCAAAACCUGAUGCAGCACCAGCUGGUCAGGCAUUAAUGGAAGAAUGGAUCUCAACGCAGGCCCCGCAGGAAUUCGAAGAAGCCUGA